CCGCCGUCACUCUAUGGGAGAGCUUCAUACGCUGCCCAAAACUGCCGCGAUGCGGCGCCACUGCGCCACAGAGGGCAUCGUUCGGGCUGCUCGCGUACUGAAACAGACUGAAACGCGUGCGCACAGCGAGACAAACUGGUGGAAGAAGCGUGCGUGCGUGUCCGAGUUAGCCAAAAUGUUGUGAGACGACGAUGCCUAACACGUGUUGCGUGCCGGGGUGCCGUUCCGGCUACAGAGGAACGACCGAGAAGGUGUCGUUGUUUUCUUUUCCACCUGACAAGGACCAGCGCGAGAAAUGGAAACGGGCCAUACCGCGGCAGGAAAGUGGCGACUUCAACUUUGAGUCCAAAUAUACACGUGUGUGUGCGAAGCAUUUCGACGCCUCGGACAUUGUCACUACUUAUGAUUUCAAUAUCAACGGCGACGCCGUGUCCCUGGAGCGCGACAAGCCAACGCUGAAGGCUGACGCUGUCCCAAGUAUUUUUGGUGGCCUUCCUUCGUAUCUCACGAAGCGUAAACCUCGACCCCGCUCAUCGACAAAUCGAUCACCGCGCAAACGAGCACGUGAGUCGUCGUGCGAGACGGAGGAGCAACGAGCAUCGCCGACGACCUGUUCAGACCGCACCGAUGCUGCAUCAGUGAAUGAAGAUGUGGCACUGACCAGUGAAACGGUCGAAACCUACCACACGGACACAGCUUGUCAGACAGACCGCUUGGUUGACUGCGCCAGCUGUGCAGCAGUGCAAAAGUUGAGGUGCCAACUUCGAGCUGCGAAGCAGCAGCUUCGGCAAUGCCAAACAAAACUCGCCGAGUUCCGAAAGAAGACUGCCAAGUACGAACGACAACAGCAGAGCCUUCAAAGACUUUCCGAUCGCGAGAAACUGAUUAUUGAUCAGUGCGUGAUGAAGGCAAACGCGAAGUCUGCAAGAGCCGUACGGUAUAAGAAAGACUGGUUAUAUGACUGCCUGCUUUUGAAAACGAAGUCCACAUCUGUGUAUACAUAUCUCCAAGAGAACAACUUUCUACCCUUGCCAAAUCCACGCACACUCUACUGCUAUAUGAAGAGCUUGAAAGCCGAUUUUGGCUUUGAUGCGCAUGUAUUUACUGUGCUCAAGGAAAAGCUGCUCACUUCCCCUGAAAGUGAACGACGAGGUGUGCUCAUGUUCGACGAAAUGAGUGUCAGGAAAAGUUUGCACGUCCGAGAGUCUGACAUGAAAGUCGUUGGUAAGGUUGACUUUGGAGAACAUACCAGGCCAGCAGACCGUGAAAAGGAUGCUGAUCAUGUUUUGGUCUUCCUGUUUCGACCCUUUCUGGGGGGAUGGUCGCAGACUGUGGGUACCUUUUGUGCAUCAAGUGCUGCCCCGGGAUCAAUACUUGCAAAGCUUGUGCUUCAGUGCAUUGUACACUUGUGUAAUGCUGGCGCAGUUAUAGAUGCUGUGACAUGUGAUAAUUCAACUACCAAUCGGUGUGCCUUGAGGUCCUUAGGAAUUCGUGGUGACAUGAAAGACCAGCAGGUGUCGUUUCAGCACCCAUGCGACCCCUCUAAGGUGAUCUAUGCUAUCAUUGAUCCACCACACAUAUUUAAAUGUAUUAGAAAUACCCUGCAGAAAGUUGGGAAGUUUUUGCUGCCUCAAGGUCGGGAAGUGUAUCAUGAUCAUUAUGCAGCACUUCUAGAGUAUGAAGAGCAACAGUCAGGGCUGCGUGCUGUACCAAAGCUGACGAGGGCACAUAUAUACCCAAACGCUUUUCAGAAAAUGAGCGUCAAACUUGCUGUUCAACUCUUCAGUGAAUCCACAGCUACAGCCAUGAUAUUUUACAGUGAGCAGGAAUCAUGCAAAAAGCUUCACGGGUCUGCGGGAACAUCUGAAUUCACCAGACAAAUGAACAGAUUGUUUGACUGCUUGAACUCCCGCAGGCCUGAACACGUGCAGUACAGUGAAGCUGAGCAUGUUGACACACUGAAAGAGGGAAUCUCAUGGUUGGACAGGUGCUGCAAAUACAUCGAAAGUCUGCCAAAGCAAAGGCAGGUCUGCUUUUUAAGCAAGCCCACCUGUGAGGCGCUGAGAAUAACUUUGCUCAGCACAAUAUCACUGGUUGAAAACCUCCUUGCCUCAGGGUUUCGCUACGUACUGGUGGGAAAGUUUGGACAGGACCCAUUAGAGAGAUUUUUUGGCAUUAUCAGGCACGUGGCUGGUGACGGAGGACAACCAACAGUCCAGCAAUUUCUGUUCAUUUAUAGAAUGCUCUCUGUCAGAAAUCUUGUCCAGCCGCCUCAGCGAGCAUCAGUUGUAGGAGACGGCCCACAACUCCUCCUGAAGCUCCAAGACCUAUUCCAGAAGGAAAAACCUGCUGCCUGUCACGCGGACUGUUUGGCUAUUCUCUUUGAUGAAGUACUUUUGGAGCCAGGAGAAACUGUGGAGCAGGCUUCACUUUUGCAACAUCAGCAGUCUCCUAAGGAGAAGAUCUUGGACUACCUCGCUGGAUACGUUGCAAAGAAGUUUUCCUCGCUGAGAUGCUCAAGCUGCGUAGAAAGUCUGAGGAGUUCAGAACGACCGGCAACUGGCCUGAUUCUUGUUAAGUCUAAAGGUUUUCUCCUUGUGCCCUCCAGCCAGCUCGUCACACUCCUUCAAAUUGUGGAGGAUCACAUGGAAGCGCACACAGUUGAAAAAACUGCUUGUUCUGGUGUGUACAUGAAUAUUGUGGAGGAUGUUUUGAUGGACCCUCGGACUGCUUCAGCUGCUGUCGGUUGCAAGUCACAUUUUGUGAGCACGACUGCAGAAGUUGUUCAGUUUUUUCUCAAGGUGCGUUUGCAUUUUUUUACGAGAGAAAGAAACAAACAGAUGCAAGCGAAAGGGUGCGCUUCAUGUCCAGCAGGGGGUGGUAAAAAACCAAACACUCAAAGGUAACUCUGCACCCAAUCCAUAUCUCACAUAUGUUGCUGUCCAUUCUUCACGUUUUUUAAUUAGCUUUUCAUGAACUGGUGCACUGGUGUUCUGUGUAUGUGGUUUGUUUUAAAUAAAAUUAAUAAAUGGUUGUGCUUGCAUAUUGCUUUCGCACAGGCACCUUGUAUGUA